AUGGAGCUCAUCCAGGCCUCCCAGCUGCCUCAGGAAGCCUCCACAGCUACCUGGAUCACCAACUCCCACUUCCUGCUCCUCUCCACUCCUUCUGAACCUUUCCUCGGCUUCACCCCGAGCGACGGCUCUUUCCUCUUUAACAGCUGCUGCCAGAAUGACACCAAACCGGAGCCUAGUUCCUUCCCUGGCUUGGCGGGAAUCUUCAUCCCUCUCAUCUACGGUAUGGUGUGUGUUGUUGGCCUCGUGGGCAACACUCUCGUCAUCCACGUUGUCGUCAACUACACCAAGAAGGAGUCAGUCACCAACAUCUACAUCCUGAAUUUGGCAAUCGCGGACGAACUCUUCAUGCUAGGUUUGCCCUUCCUGGCAGUGCAGAACGCUCUUCUCUCUUGGCCCUUCGGCUCGCUAAUGUGCCGCGUGGUCAUGACAGUGGACGCCAUCAACCAGUUCACCAGCAUCUUCUGCCUAACGGUGAUGUCAGUGGAUCGCUACCUGGCCGUAGUGCACCCAAUCCGGUCUUAUUGGUGGCGGCGCCCCCGUGUAGUGAAGGCCGUCAGUGCCACGGUUUGGGCUGGGUCGUUUGUUGUGGUGCUGCCCGUGGUGGUGUUUGCAGACGUGCUGAAGGACGACGGUAACUGCAGCAUCGUAUGGCCUGAACCAGCUGAAGUUUGGAAGACGUCUUUUAUAGUUUACACCUGCACCAUGGGCUUCUUCUGCCCCCUGCUGGUCAUCUGCCUGUGCUACUUGUUGAUCGUCAUCAAGGUGCGCAGCGUUGGAAAGCGGGCCCAGGCCACGUCCUCUCGCCGCAGGAAGUCUGAGCGUAAAAUCACCCGGAUGGUGGUGGUGGUGGUGGCCGUGUUUGUCCUCUGCUGGCUACCCUUCUACGCUCUGAACAUCAUCAACCUGCUGGUGGUCCUGCCUGGAGACUUCAGGGGGCUUUACGUGUUUGUCGUUGUGCUGUCGUAUGCAAACAGCUGCGCCAACCCCAUCCUGUACGGCUUUCUGUCCGACAACUUCAAGAGGGGCUUCAGGAAGGCCCUGUGCGGAGCGUCUCGACGGGUGAAGAGCAACGGCAUGGAGCUGCAUCGCCCGACAGAGGAGUGGGGCGGCAUUGUGCUGCAAGUUCAAAAAAGUGAAGGGGGCGUCAAUGUGCGAAGGAAAGAACAAGAAGAGGAAAUCAAUGAAACAGGAGGGGCUGUUCAGAUGAGUGAAAUAUGCCAAAUGGCACAAAAUGGAAACCACAGCGUAGACGCAAAGACUCAGGCGGAGAACUCGAGUGUCAAACAUGAAGCAGAGAAAGAUUUGGGCUUCGACCCGGCGGAGGUAGCGUCCUCUAUGAUCAGUAGAAUCAGGAACAGGAAGUCACAACCUGAAGAAAACCCGGACAAUAACUCAGUGCUUGAGAUCAGCUCUCUGUAA